CCCCGGGCCCCGACACACAUGAGAUUCUUCAGGCUGACUUUCAAGUGCUUCGUGGACUGCUUCUGACUGCGCCGCCCCGCCGUCCCGCACCCCGCCCGCCCGCCGCCCCGUCCCCCAGCCCGGCCGCCCCAGGCCGCGGGCGGGCCCGCGCCUCCGGCCCUUCCCCCGGUGCCGCCGCGCCCCCCGCCCGCCCCCCGCCAGGCGCCGCGACCCCCGGCCCGGCCGCGCGGCCCGCCCGGGCCAUGGCGAAGAAGAGCGCCGAGAAUGGCAUCUACAGCGUGUCCGGCGACGAGAAGAAGGGUCCCCUCAUCGCGCCCGGGCCCGACGGGGCCCCGGCCAAGGGCGAUGGCCCCGCGGGCCUGGGGGCACCCGGCGGCCGCCUGGCUGUGCCACCGCGUGAGACCUGGACGCGCCAGAUGGACUUCAUCAUGUCGUGCGUGGGCUUCGCCGUGGGCCUGGGCAACGUGUGGCGCUUCCCCUACCUGUGCUACAAGAACGGCGGAGGUGUGUUCCUUAUUCCCUACAUCCUGAUUGCCCUGGUCGGAGGAAUCCCCAUUUUCUUCUUGGAGAUCUCACUGGGCCAGUUCAUGAAGGCCGGCAGCAUCAAUGUCUGGAACAUCUGUCCCCUAUUCAAAGGCCUGGGCUAUGCCUCCAUGGUGAUCGUCUUCUACUGCAACACCUACUACAUCAUGGUGCUGGCCUGGGGCUUCUAUUACCUGGUAAAGUCCUUCACCACCACGCUGCCCUGGGCCACAUGUGGCCACACCUGGAACACUCCUGACUGUGUGGAGAUCUUCCGCCACGAAGACUGUGCCAAUGCCAGCCUGGCCAACCUCACAUGUGACCAGCUUGCUGACCGCCGAUCCCCUGUCAUCGAGUUCUGGGAGAACAAAGUCUUGCGGCUGUCUGGGGGGCUGGAGGUGCCAGGGGCCCUCAACUGGGAGGUGACCCUGUGUCUGCUGGCCUGCUGGGUGCUGGUGUACUUCUGUGUCUGGAAGGGGGUCAAAUCAACAGGAAAGAUCGUGUACUUCACUGCUACAUUCCCCUACGUGGUCCUGGUGGUGCUGCUGGUGCGAGGGGUGCUGCUGCCGGGGGCCUUGGAUGGCAUCAUCUACUAUCUCAAGCCCGACUGGUCGAAGCUGGGGUCCCCUCAGGUAUGGAUAGAUGCCGGGACCCAGAUUUUCUUUUCUUACGCCAUCGGCCUGGGGGCCCUCACGGCCCUGGGCAGCUACAAUCGCUUCAACAACAACUGCUACAAGGACGCCAUCAUCCUCGCCGUCAUCAACAGUGGAACCAGCUUCUUCGCUGGCUUCGUGGUCUUCUCCAUCCUGGGCUUCAUGGCCGCAGAGCAGGGCGUGCACAUCUCCAAGGUGGCAGAAUCAGGGCCUGGCCUGGCCUUCAUCGCCUAUCCCCGGGCUGUCACGCUGAUGCCUGUGGCCCCGCUCUGGGCUGCCCUAUUCUUCUUCAUGUUGUUGCUGCUCGGUCUUGACAGCCAGUUUGUAGGUGUGGAAGGCUUCAUCACUGGCCUCCUCGACCUCCUCCCGGUCUCCUACUACUUCCGUUUCCAAAGGGAGAUCUCUGUGGCCCUCUGCUGCGCCCUCUGCUUUGUCAUUGACCUCUCCAUGGUGACCGAUGGUGGGAUGUACGUCUUCCAGCUGUUUGACUAUUACUCGGCCAGCGGCACCACCCUGCUCUGGCAGGCCUUUUGGGAGUGUGUGGUGGUGGCCUGGGUGUACGGAGCUGACCGCUUCAUGGACGACAUCGCCUGUAUGAUCGGGCACCGACCCUGCCCCUGGAUGAAAUGGUGCUGGUCCUUCUUCACCCCGCUGGUCUGCAUGGGCAUCUUCAUCUUCAACGUCGUGUACUACGAGCCGCUGGUCUACAACAACACCUACGUGUACCCGUGGUGGGGCGAGGCCAUGGGCUGGGCCUUCGCACUCUCCUCCAUGCUGUGCGUGCCCCUCCACCUCCUGGGCUGUCUCCUCAGGGCUAAGGGCACCAUGGCUGAGGUAAGGCCUUGCACCCCAGCCCUCCCUCCACAGGAUGUCCCACCGUGCCAGAGCCUCUGGCCAGCUCGGACUAGGGCUGGUGGCGGGAGGAGCAGGACCCAUCCCCAGCUUCCCUCCCCUCCGUGUGAGCAUCCACGCCGCGCAGCACUGCUUCCUAGUGAAGGCAGCAGAGCCUGAAAGGCUCCCUGGGAGGUGCAGCCCUGACUUGGUGGCAUGUGGUGGGAACUAGAGAGAGGCAGAGGAAGUUGCCGUGGGGACGAGCAAGUGACCGUGGGGGUGCUCAAUGUGUCCUCCUGUCCCACAGCGCUGGCAGCACCUGACUCAGCCUGUAUGGGGCCUCCACCACUUGGAGUACAGAGCUCAGGAUGCGGACGUCAGGGGCCUGACCACCCUGACCCCCGUGUCCGAGAGCAGCAAGGUCGUCGUGGUGGAGAGUGUCAUGUGACAGGCAGCCCAGCUCACAUCACCAGCUCACCCUCCGGUAGCCAUAGCAGCCCUGCUUUAGCCCCCACCCUACCCCUCCAGGGGUCUGCCUGGGGGAGGAGGGAAGGAAGCACUGCGAGUGCUAACUAAAAUAACUUUUUCCAUUUUUAAUAAAACGCCAAAAAUAUCACAACCCACCAAAAAUAGAUGCCUCUCCCCCCUAGCCCUAGCCACGCUGGUCCCAGGCCCCGCCUACAACCCCUCCCCCCAGUGCCACGACCCAUCUCCUCCUGCCCCUGCCAUGCCCACCUGGCCUGCCUCUACAGGCUCUGCUCCGUAACACACCCUUGGGUGGCCCUCGCCCUAGAAGCAGCAGUGGCAGCUCGGGAAAUGGGGGUGGGGAGGGCAGGCGAGGGGGCGAGGGAGGGGCAGCAGAACCAAGCCGAAUAUUUCAGCUGGGCUAGACCCCUCUCCCCCUCCCUAUUCUAGAAGCUUAGAGAGCCAGCCAGCAAUGGAACCUUCUGGUUCCCGCGCCAGUCGCCACCAAUGUCAACUGUGUGAGCUUGGGUAUGAGUGCGUGUGUGCGUGAGUAGUAGAGUAUAUAUAGAUCUCUAUCUCUUAGCAAAGGUGAAUACCAGAUGUAAAUGGUUGCCUCUGGGCAAAAGAGCCUUGUAUUUUGCACAUUUUAUAAAAACUUGACCAGAGAGUGAGAUUUCUGCUUGUAUAUUUCUAAAAAGAGAAAAGAGCCCAAACAUCCCUCUCCUUACCACGCCCUGUCCCUCUCACCCCUCUGCCCCUAGCCAAGGAGUGUGAAUUUAUAGAUCUAAUUUUCAUAGGUAAAAACAAAAGCUUUGAGCUGUUGCGUAUGCGAGUCUGUUGUAUGGAUGUGCGUAUGGUCCCCAGCCCCAGAUUGGGGUGGUAAAGUGCACGGUGGGGGCCUUGGGGGGGCCCCAUGCCACCCCUUUGCCCACAAGUCUGUGGGGCGAGAGGCUGCAGUAUUCUGUCCCGGGGACCCGGGGCCGCUCACCUGGCAUGCUCAGGCCUGCCCACACCCUGCUCCCUGGGCUGGGCGCGACUGCAGGGGUGGUAGAUGGGUAUGACCCGGGGAGGGGAUCCGGGCAUGGCUCCCACCUCCAAGCUUAAGGCUGAUGCACUUGCCGCAUCUCAAGUCUUCCCUGUAGCAGCUUUAACCCACCUACGUGUGUGUCACGUCUAGCCCUGAGACAGCUGAGUGGCCCCCAGAACGGCUCCCCACACCGGGGCAUACGCUGGAGGGGUGGGGCUGGGCGAGGGCGGCGGGCCUGCGGGGACAUUCUUACUGUGCUAAAAAGCCACUGCAAACAUAGCAAUAAAAACAUGUCAUUUUCCAAAG